AUGUCUAUCCCCACUGUGGACGAUGAUAUCAUUGCUAAUUCAAAAUCUCCUCUAUUCGAUGCUAGUACAUUAGGUGGUAAUACUCAACCUUCUGUUAAGUCUGAAUCAGGUAAAACUAAACCUGGCAAGACUGAAUCAAAAGUGAAAAAGAACGGCUCAAGUUCUUUUACUUCCUCUCAGUUAACGGAAACCGUUUCCAUAUCUAAAACAAUACCAGUUACAGGUGAGAGACCCAAGCCAGGUAAUGAAGGACCAAUUCUAAAUGAAGAUGAUGUAUUAUACGCAAUAUUCGUUAUAUUAUGGGAAAGUGAUCCCAAUCAACAGGGUAUGACUGUUAAGCAACUCUGCGAUUUGUUACUCGAGAAACAUCCUGACAUGAAUAACCUUUCAACUAAAUUAUCGAAUUUAAUCUCAGCAAAACUUAACGCCUAUGUUAAGAAAGUUGAAAAGGGAGAAAAAGGACUAGUUUAUUCACUUUCUCGUGAAUGGUCAGAUGCUUCGCCUAGAAGAAUGGUGUACAUUUAUCGUGGUAUCCUUGCUCCUGAUUAUGAAAAGCAUGCUCAGGCAGCAGCUGCCCUUGUAGCUGCUUCAUCUAACUUAUCUGAUCAAGGAUCUGGUUCUCUUGGCAAGAAUAAAUUAAAAGGUAAGAAACAUUCCAACAAAAACUCACAAGAUAUGAGUUUUGAAUCAGAUGGUACUCAGAGAGUAGACAUUAAGGACGGUAUUGUUCCUAGGAGUUCUAGUGCAUUAGGUGGUAUGAAGUCAUCUAAUUUUUCAACUGGAAACUUCGUCAAUGACUUCAAUAUUCCUUAUAUGUCUUCUCCGGUUUCCGUCAGCUUGGCUCCAAAGCUAGGAGAACUUCCUUUGUCUACGAUGAAUCAUGAAUUGGACAUUGAUUCUCACAGUUCACACGCGGGAAAAAGACUUUCAUCCAUGUAUCAAAAUCGUGCUUAUAAAAAGCAGAAAACUGACGCAAUGAAGAUACAUGAGACUCCUGGUUCGGUUCAAAAUGUACAGGGGCAACCCCAAGCAUAUUUAACUAUUGCGGGAUCAACACCUAGGCUUUCAAAGAGCUCGCUAAAACAUAAUGAUGGUAUUUCUACAGCAGCAGCCUCGGAAGCGGCUCAAACAGUUGCCGAAAUCCUUAGAACAGCGAUCACUCAAAAUCCCAUCGUUAUUUCCCCCAAGUCAUCAAAAUCCUCCUCUCCAUUUUCUUCUACUAGUCAGGACAGCGACAAAAGUUCUGUGGAUAAUAAUAAUUGUAAAUGGUUGCAAUCCUUGCGGGAAGGUUUCUUGUUGAAAGAAAUCCCAACACCCGAAUCGCUAUCUCCAGAUGAUUUUGAUGAGUUUUUUGCAUGA